UUUUCCUUUUCCUCUCGCAAUCUCCCCUGCCCUUCCCUUCCCCUUCCUCACCGUUCCUCAUCUGCUCCUCUCCCCGGCCCUCGUCUCCAUCCCAUCGCCUUCCACCGCCGCCGCCGCAACGCGUAGAGCCGCUCGCGCGUCCCGGUCGCCGAUCGACCCCCGCCGUCCGACCGAUUUCCCCCCACCGCCCGCUUUCCGCCCUCUCGCAACACCACCGACGCCGCCGCCGCCGCCGCUUUUGCGAGGUUUCCAGCGCUCGCCCGCCCGCCCGCACGUCUCCAGAUUCGCAUCUGGGCACGCGCUCCGGCUGCUCUCCGUCCGCUCUCGGCUUACUUCGCCGGGAAUUCCGUCGGAAUCUCGGCUGGGGGUGCGGGGGGAGCGAGGGCUCGCGAUUUGCGGCGCGGAUGCUCGCGUAGGGGUAGACAGACAGGCAAAGCAGGCAGCUAGCUAGGGUUUUCGAGGGCCGGGUGUGCUCAUGGACCGCCCCGCGGGGGAGGGGCCCCGGGGGGCCGCUGAUCGGGACUCGUCUCCUCCCGCCGCCGCGGCGGCGGCCCCGUCGGUUGCCGCUGCUGCUGCCGCUGCCGACGAGGUGGUUGUUGCUGCUGCUCCCGACGAGGUGGUUGCGGGAGAGAUCCCGCAGGCUGACGGCGCAGUGACGGGGAACAGAGAGCCACCGUCUGCCGCGGUGAUGCGGCCCCUGGCCUUGGAGGAGUACCACGUCGUUUUGGCCUUGGCGUGCUUGCGGCAUGGGCGUGAUGUGUACUGGGACAUGGUGGGGGGUGCCUCGGAGCCACAAGGGGCGGAGAUGGAGGUGGAUGGCAGUAGUGAUCCGGAGCAAGAGAAUAAUGUUGCAGCUGAGGGAGAUACGAAGGAAGGCGAGGGCACAGCGGCGGAUCGACGACCCGACGCGCCUGCUGGUGUCUCUCAGGUGAAUGAGGAAGGGGAUUCCUUGGUGGGCCGCUACAUCAGCCGGAGUGCUGGUAAUAGAAACAUCCGUCUUGGGAAGGUCGCGUCUUAUGAUAGCAGCGUUGGAUUGUACACUCUGGUUUUUGAGGACGGACAGGGUGAGGAGAUGGGGCUUGCUGAGCUCCGGGAGUUGCUGAUGACCGGAGAAAAUGGUGUGUCUGGCAUGAAGGUCAGCUGCAGGAAGAGGAAGUUGGAUCUGGUUGUUUCAUCAGGGAGCGCCACGGUGGUGAAAGGGCCACCAAGUGCUAGGCAGAGAAUUGAUGAUUCAGGCGACAUACCUGCUAGGCCUGAUACCGCACAGCAGAGUGGUUCUGGUUCAGAUGUAUCGGAGGAUGUGGAGUCUUCUAGCAACUCGUCAGAUUCUAGCAAACAGUUGCCAGUCGAGCCAUGCCAGCCAGUUAAGUGCAUAGAAUUGCCUCCGUCAUCCGGGGACAUUGAUGUGCCAGAGGAGUCCAUCGAUAGCCUUUUUUCCGUUUACAACUUCCUUAGAUCAUUCAGUGUGCAGCUCUUCCUAAGCCCAUUUGGGUUGGAUGAUUUUGUUGCAUCCAUCAAGUGUACUGUACAGAGUACAAUGUUGGAUGCGGUGCAUGUCUCGCUGCUGCGGGCGUUGAGGCGGCAUCUUGAAGCCAAGGCCUCGGAUGGAUCAAAACAUGCCUUGAAUUGCUUGAAGUAUCUAGAUUGGGCAUUGCUAGAUACGCUGACGUGGCCGACUCUAUUGCUAGGAUACUUCAAUUUAACAGGAUGCGUUAAGACUCUUGGGGGCAAGAGUUUUGGUAGAAAGCUGUUAGCUAUUGAAUACUAUAAGCUCCCUGUUACCUUGAAGCUUAGGGUCUUGCAGAUUCUCUGUGAUCAUGCAAUUGAUUCAGAGGAACUCAAGACAGAACUUGAGUCGAGGGAAGCAUACAACGAGGAGACAGAAUAUGGGAUAGAUUAUAGUAUUUAUUCAGAGGCUGGAUCAAGAUCAGUCCUGACUAGACCGUCAAGGGCUUCUGCUUCCAAAAAGAUUGAAGAUUCCCAGAAUUUGGAAAGUGCUCCAAAUGUAACAAAUCCAGAAGCUGUUGUAGCAAAUGCUUCUCUGGAUGGCAACAGUGAUGAUUGCAGAAUAUGUGGAAUGGAUGGGACUCUGGUAUGCUGUGAUGGCUGCCCAUGGGCAUAUCACUCGAGAUGUAUUGGUCUCAACAAAGCUUUUCUGCCCCAGGGACUUUGGUUCUGUCCAGAAUGUGUGGUUAACAAGCUUGGGCCAACAUCUUCAAGGAUAGAGCGUGGGGCAAGAGGAGCUCAAAUGUUUGGCAUUGACAUGUGUGGGAGAAUCUUCCUAGGAUCCUGCAACUAUUUGUUGGUGAUUGGGACAUCGUCGGAUGUAGAGUCUUACGCAAGAUACUACAAUCAAGAUGAUGUUGCCAAGAUUGUUCAAAUACUUGCGUCUUCAGAUGCAUAUACAGAUAUUUGUAGCAGAAUAAUAGAGUACUGGAGGCAUCUGGUUGAUAUAUUUCAGAACGAGAGAUCAAAAGUAGGUAAAGAUGAUGCUGCAAGCCAUGCUCCACAAUGCGAUACAUUGCUGAAUGUUACACCAGGGAAAGGAGAUGGAAGUGUCUGUACAGUCUUAAAAGAUGGUGGUGACAGUAAAGCAUUGGUACUAUCUCAAAUGAAUGUGCAGCAUGAAGAAUUUGUGGCUAAUCAAUUUGCAGUGUGUUCUGCUGAACAACUGGAGGAACAAAAACACAUGGCGACUAGUGUAGGUGCUAGCACCGAGAAGAACAGCCUACAAACUCCAUUAACUCAGAAUGAUGUACAUACUGCACCAAUGAAUGAAGCUUUUAGACCCCCCGGGGUAUCCCCACUUUCUCAUCAGAACGGGUCGGCGGUAGCAGGCUUCUCUAACAUAACACAUGCACAGCCAUCACAUGGGCUAAUGCCCCCAGACUUGUCCGCCAGCCGUUCAGGGGUUGAUAAUGGCAUGUCCAGAGAAGAUAUUGGGAGCACCAUUUCUGUGAAGGCAGGCUCGUUUUGUCCAUCCUAUCACAGCAAACAUCCCUUUGGAAACGUGCUUGGUGGUAAGCUAUCUAAAGUGCCAUCUUUUAAACCUCAGGCUUACAUGAAUCUGUACAAUCAUGGAAACAUUGCAGCAUCUGCCGCUGCCAAUCUAGCUGUUCUUACAUCGGAUGAAGCUAAGGUUUCAGCACCCCAACUCAUCACAAACCCAAGGAAAAAAAUGGCUGCCGACUGUGCUCUACAAGUGAAAGCAUUUUCCUCGGCAGCUUCUCAAUUUGUUUGGCCAAGUACAGAAAAGAAAGUUAUGGAAGUCCCAAGAGAUAGAUGUGGUUGGUGCCUUGCCUGCAAAAGUUCGGCAAUUGGAAAUAAAAAGGCUUGUUUUCUUAAUAUGGCCACCACAAAUGCUUCUAAAGGGUCGGCUCGAGUUCUUAGUGCCAUGCACAUAAUCAAAAGUUCUGAGAGCCAUUUUCCCAGCAUCGUUGCUUAUCUGACCAACAUGGAGGAGAGUUUGCGUGGCCUUUUAGUUGGUUCCCUACAAGACACGCAGCAGAGACAACGGUGGCAUAAACAGCUACAAGGAGCUUCCAACUGCAGAACUAUAAUACCCCUCUUACUUGAAUUGGAGAGUAAUAUUCGUGGCAUAGCAUUUUCGGCAAGCUGGUUCAAGCUAAUAGAUGACUGGCCUGUGAAAUCUCCUGGUGUAUCUACUGUACCAUCUCGUUCUUCAGCGUACCAAAAACGUGGAACCGGUGGAAGGCGGGGUAGAAAACGUUUGUUGGGAUCUGAAUCUGCUAAUGUUACUGAUGAUGACAACAGCUGGAAAGAGGUCAAUUGGUGGAACGGAGGAAAUAUUUCUAAACGUAUUUUGCAGAGGGGGGCUCUUCCGAGUUCGGCUGUAAGUAAAGCUGCUCGCCAAGGUGGUAAAAAGAAGAUAUCAGGUGCAGGUCUAUCUUAUCAUGAAACUAACAAUUUUCCAAGGCGAACUCGGCAAUUUGCUUGGAGAGCCUGUGUUGGAUUAAGCCGUAAUUCAUCUCAACUUGCUCUGCAGGUUCGAUACCUUGAUUCUCAUAUAAAAUGGAAGGAAUUCAUCCUUCCAGAUCAAAUUCCUUCAGAAGCUGAUUUUUCUGCUCUCAGAAAUGCUGUAGUUUGUGAUAAAAAAGUUGUUGACGGUAACAUAAGAUAUGCACUUAACUUUGCAAACCAGAAGCAUCUUCCUGCACGUAUAACCAAGAAUAUUUUGGAAUCAGAAGGCAGUGAGCAUGAGAAUGGCAAAUUGUGGUUUUCUGAAUACAAUGUCCCACUGUACUUGGUACGAGAUUUUGAGCAGAAAGCUGGGGUUAGCUCCUUGCCUAGUCCAGAAAUGAUAAUCUCCAACUGUUUUACCAAUUUCUACCCAAGGCAAGUAAAGGCGUUCGUUGGAGAUAUCUUUUCUUAUCUCUUUCAUAAGGGAGAAGUGUAUCCCUGCACCUUUUGCGAGAAGGAUGUUCCCUUCAGGGAUGUCGUCAAGUGUAUCUCUUGUCAAGGCAAUUGCCAUAAAGAGUGCACGUCAGGAUCUGUUGGCCGUCAAGGAGGCAAUACUGCUCCCAAUUUGAUAUGCAAAUUAUGCAUUCAGAAGCGUAAUCUCAUGCUUGCAAAGAACAAAACAAAUGCAAGUUAUGUCCCGCCUCAACAAAAAAGCAACGACCAGCUGCCAACUGUUCCCAAAAUAAGCUUCAGGGUUGGUUCCCAUUCUUCUGAACCAGCCAUGAAUGCUGAAGCCCAGCUAGAUGCUGGGGUUCAAGCUCAGUCAGUUCCAAAGGUUGAAGCCCAGCCAAUCAUGAAGGUGGAAGCCCAGCCAAUCAUGCAGGUGGAUACCCGGCCCACCAUGCAGGUGGAAACCCAGCCAAUACCGAAGAUAGAAGGCUGGCCAAUUGCAAAUGUGGCAACUCAAAAUAUUGCAGGGGUGCAGGCUACACCAAAGAUUAAAACUAAAAAAUCCAAGGCAGAAAAGCCGAGAAAACCUAAAAAGGUUCAAGUGAUCACGUACUUUGGUCUUGUUUGGAAGAAAAAUAAGAAUGAUAAAGGGGGAGAGGAAUUCAGGGCAAAUGAUGUAAUCCUAAAAAGCAAUGAUGGCAUAGGUUCUUCAGAAAAACCGACUUGCACUCUCUGCGACAAACCUUACUGUCCAAAUUUUCUGUAUGUCCGCUGUGAGAGAUGCAAAAAGUGGGUCCAUGGUGAUGCGUUGCAACUUCCUGAAGAGAAGUUAAUUGAUGUGGUUCAAUACCGAUGCUGCAGAUGCCGAAGGCGAGCCAUACCACAAUGUCCUUAUUCAGAUGAUUAUAGAGAGCCUGAACCAGAAACCAAUGAACAAACAGUUGCCAUACCAUCUCAGUCAACUAUGAUCUCUGGUGAUGAGACUUUUGCUUUAGCGGAUCAAGACCCGUUGCUUGCUAAAUAUGGAAUAGUUGAACCAAUUUCAGAAGAAACAACGAAUGCUGAUUUAUCAAUGAACAUGGCAAACCUUGUCCCAGGAACUAAUCAGAAGUUGUCCAUAAGACGGGCACAAGUUAAAAAUUGUGAAUAUCUUGAUCAAGCUGGAACACCCGUGAAUGGGUAUUAUAUUCAGAACCAACCUCCAGGGGAUACAAGCAUCAAUUUCAGUCAUAUGAAUGAAUUUUCUGUGUCAGAGGCUGACGGUGUGGAUGCUUCGGAGCUAUUGGGGUGGGAUUUUUCUCAAGGAAAUGGAUUUUCUGCGCCUCCCGAUUACAGCGCCAAUUCCCAGUGGAAUGACACUACCGGUGGCAACUUUGUCGCUGAUGAAUAUGAACCACAGACUUAUUUCUCAUUCACUGAGUUGCUUGAAGCUGAUGAUGAUACACAGCUUGAUAAUACAUUUGAGAUGUCUACUGGUCUGCAAGAUGAUAGCAACUUCACAGGAAGCUUUGGUCAGCAAGGGACCAGUUUCGAUGAAUUGGCUUUCAUGGUGGAAGACGAUUCUUCAAAUAUGCAUUUCUCAGGAAAUGAUCCUUCCAUUGAUGAGUUAGCGUGCCACAAGUGCAAGAAUCUUCAGCCGCCACCUGAUCUCAAAUGUGUGUCCUGUGGCCUACGUGUACACCGUCACUGCUCACCUUGGCAAGAAAGUGAAGAGGCUGCUGAUAGUGUCAAUUGGAGGUGUGGAACUUGCCGGGAGUGGCAAUGAUGAGCUUUGAACUUCAUUGCAUAUGUUACCCGACUGCCAGAGUGAAUGCUGCCGAUUGUUAUGGCAGGUAUCUCAUGAAGGGCACCAAGGGAUCUCGAUGGGGAAUUUUCCGUCUAGCUGUUGUAUGCGGUGGAACUGAUCAUUUGGAAGUUUGGCAUUGGUUACUGGACAUACUGUUUGCCAUCAUAUACUAGAGUAGUAAUGAUCUCUGUGAAAUUGACACUGUACAUACUAAAGGAUGGGUCACCGGUGACCGUUUUCCAUUCUUUAGGUGGUUUAUUCCCAGGGAGAGUUAUAGAACUAGGAUGCAAUUAGCUGCAGGUUAUGUUCGAUUAGUUCUCCAUGUUAGUGUCAAAUGUGUACCCAAUUGCAUUCUUCUUUUUCUGACAGAUAGAAGUGCCUCGUUGGCUUUACUCUUUCGCACUUUGUUUGGCUUUCCAGUGUGACCUGAGACACCGAUCCUUGAACUAGUAAGAUUUUGUCCUGCA